GUAGUUCAUCAGUUGUUCUACAGACUCAUUUGAGUUAACUACUUCACUAGUCACUACAAAGUUCCGUACGUGUAAAUCUUUAAUAAGAUAAAAAUGGAGAAAAUUCUGGCAGCUGCUGAUGGAUUCGCCGGUCUUUUGGCUUUCUCAUUGGGGAUCUCCGGUUUGGCUGUUUAUUCAAAUUGGACUCCGGAUAAUGUCGCCGUUGGCAUCUGGGGAGGAAUUUAUUUACUGGCCUUCGCUGCUCUCCUCUUCAUGAAAAUGUUGAAAAAGAGUGAAAUCGUCAUGGGUAUGGCGGUGUUGGCGGCUUUGAUUGGCGCCACGAUGAUUGGAAUCCAUUCGUGGAGUAUCGACAUGUACCAGCCAUUGAUUGCCGAUUGCAAAAUGUACGAUUCAAUCAACUCGACGUUGCCAAACUCGACGGUAACGAUUGGCGAAGAGUAUCCGGACAUCUUCGAACCAGUCAAAAUCUGUGACCGAACUGCCAUCGAUUCAUUGAUGCUCGUUUGCGGCAUUCUGGCCGUCGUCGUCAACGGAUUCAUUGCCGCUACUGCCUCGUCCAUCGCAUCUGAUUAAUAAUAUUUCAUCAUGUUUAAUUCAUUUAACUUUAAUAUUUGUAGAUUCGUGUAAUUGUGAUAUCAAAUGUACUGUGUCUAUUAAAUGACCUUCAAAAUUAAACAGAUUUUUUCUUGAUUA